AUGGUUACAGUCCGGUCAGUCCUUGCUAUUGCUGCAGCAAAGCAUUGGGCCAUUUUUCAAAUGGAUGUGCACAAUGCUUUCCUUCAAGGUGAUCUCCUUGAAGAUUACAUGGAGGUCCCUCCAGGGUUUGCUAGCCAGGGGGGAAGCACAGUGAAAGUGGAGUCUGAGCUAAUAGUGGUGCUUGUCUAUGUGGAUGAUUUACUUGUAACUGGGAGCAAUCAGAGAUUGAUUCUGCAAACCAGAAAUGACCUGAAGUUGAAGUUUAAAAUGAAAGACUUAGGUGAGCUUAAAUUCUUUCUUGGAAUAGAAUUUGCUAGAUCAUCUAAAGGCAUUGUGAUGAGCCAAAGGAAGUAUGCCUUGGAACUCAUUGCAGAAAUGGGUCUUAGUGGUGCAAAACCUGCUGGUACACCUUUGGAAGCAAAUUCCUCCCUUGAAGCAGAAGACAAGUUGUUAGCAGAUGCUGGAAAAUAUCAAAGGCUAAUAGGCAGAUUACUAAAUCUUACUAUGACUAGAGUGGAUAUUGCAUAUGUGGUGCAAGUUCUAAGUCAACACAUGCACAAACCAAAGCAGUCACACAUGGAAGCUACAUUGCGAGUAGUGAGAUAUAUUAAAGGUUCUCCUGGUCUUGGCCUUCUAAUGCCAUCUGGAGACUCAGGUAAACUAGAAGGCUUUUGUGACUCAGACUGGGGAGGAUGUCUUCAGACCAGGAGAUCAGUAACAGGCUACUUGGUGAAGUUUGGAGAUGCAUUGAUUUCUUGGAAGUCAAAAAAGCAAGAAACUGUAGCAAGGAGUUCUGCAGAAGCAGAGUUCAUGAGCACGGCCUCAGCAGUGGCUGAACUCACUUGGCUUACAAGGCUUUUCAAAGAGUUAGGAGUGGAUGUUGAGCUACCUAUAACUCUUAAUUGUGAUAGCAAAGCUGCUAUUCAAGACACUCUAUCGAUCAUGGGGUUUAUAUGA